GACCAUCGCGGGGAGGAAAGGGGGUGCCAGCCGGCCAGUAAAGCUGCAGGCGUCGCGCUCCGCUGGCGGAGGCCGCGUCCGACCCCACCCCUUUCCAGUGAGAGAGACCGGCCGGCCCGGCUCUGGCUCGCCGCCUUUGUUGCCCCCCGGCGUCGAAGUGGACGCAGCCUUCGGGCCCUCCUCCCACCUCCCUCUUUUUCCGUUACUGGCCUUAACGGCCCGCGAGGCCGCGGUCGGGCGAAAGCGCUGAGGCAGGAUGAGCAACUCGAGGAAUAACCGCGUGAUGGUGGAGGGCGUCGGGGCCCGGGUCGUGAGGGGGCCUGACUGGAAGUGGGGGAAGCAGGACGGCGGCGAGGGCCACGUGGGCACCGUGCGCAGCUUCGAGAGCCCCGAGGAGGUGGUCGUGGUGUGGGACAACGGCACGGCCGCCAACUACCGCUGCUCGGGAGCCUACGACCUGCGCAUCCUCGACAGCGCGCCCACCGGAAUUAAACAUGAUGGAACAAUGUGUGAUACAUGUCGCCAACAACCAAUAAUUGGUAUUCGAUGGAAAUGUGCAGAAUGCACCAAUUAUGACUUAUGCACUGUGUGUUAUCAUGGGGAUAAACAUCACCUUAGACAUCGCUUUUACAGAAUAACCACACCAGGAAGUGAAAGAGUGUUGCUGGAGUCUCGCCGUAAAUCAAAGAAAAUCACUGCAAGAGGAAUCUUCACAGGUGCCAGGGUGGUACGAGGAGUUGAUUGGCAAUGGGAAGAUCAGGAUGGCGGCAAUGGACGUCGAGGCAAAGUCACUGAAAUCCAAGACUGGAGUGCAUCAAGUCCACACAGUGCAGCAUAUGUUUUAUGGGACAAUGGCGCUAAAAACCUUUACAGAGUUGGCUUUGAGGGCAUGUCAGACCUUAAAUGUGUUCAGGAUGCGAAAGGAGGGUCCUUCUACAGAGACCACUGUCCUGUGCUUGGUGAACAAAACGGUAACCGAAAUCCUGGUGGACUGCAGAUCGGUGAUCUAGUAAACAUUGAUCUUGACUUGGAGAUUGUUCAGUCUUUACAGCAUGGCCACGGAGGAUGGACUGAUGGAAUGUUUGAAACUUUAACUACUACUGGCACAGUUUGUGGCAUAGAUGAAGAUCAUGACAUUGUUGUUCAGUAUCCAAGUGGCAAUAGGUGGACUUUUAACCCUGCUGUUCUCACCAAAGCCAACGUUGUCCGAAGUGGAGAUGCUGCUCAAGGUGCUGAAGGCGGUACCUCACAAUUUCAAGUGGGUGAUCUUGUCCAAGUUUGUUAUGACCUAGAAAGAAUUAAGCUGCUUCAAAGAGGACAUGGCGAAUGGGCUGAAGCAAUGCUUCCUACUUUAGGUAAAGUUGGAAGGGUCCAGCAGAUCUAUUCAGAUAGUGACUUAAAAGUAGAGGUUUGUGGAACUUCUUGGACAUACAAUCCAGCUGCUGUGUCAAAGGUAGCAUCAGCAGGCUCCGCUAUAAGCAAUGCAUCUGGGGAGCGCUUGUCCCAGUUAUUGAAGAAAUUGUUUGAAACUCAAGAGUCUGGGGAUCUUAAUGAAGAGCUGGUUAAAGCAGCUGCUAAUGGAGAUGUAGCCAAAGUGGAAGAUUUGCUUAAGAGACCAGAUGUGGAUGUGAAUGGGCAGUGUGCAGGACACACAGCUAUGCAAGCUGCUAGUCAGAAUGGGCAUGUUGAUAUUUUGAAAUUGCUUCUGAAGCAGAAUGUGGAUGUAGAAGCUGAGGACAAAGAUGGAGACAGGGCUGUUCACCAUGCAGCUUUUGGUGAUGAAGGAGCUGUAAUAGAAGUUUUGCACAGAGGCAGUGCAGAUCUCAAUGCUCGCAAUAAACGUAGACAGACACCACUUCAUAUUGCUGUUAAUAAAGGUCAUCUCCAAGUAGUAAAGACAUUACUGGACUUUGGUUGCCACCCCAGCCUCCAGGAUUCUGAGGGCGACACACCCCUUCAUGAUGCAAUAAGUAAAAAACGUGAUGACAUCUUGGCCGUACUUUUAGAAGCUGGAGCAGAUGUUACUAUUACAAAUAACAAUGGAUUUAAUGCUCUCCAUCAUGCUGCACUAAGAGGAAAUCCAAGUGCAAUGAGGGUGUUACUGUCUAAGCUCCCAAGACCAUGGAUUGUGGAUGAGAAAAAAGAUGAUGGCUAUACAGCCUUGCAUUUGGCAGCACUUAAUAAUCACGUGGAAGUGGCAGAACUCUUGGUGCAUCAGGGCAAUGCUAACCUGGAUAUCCAGAAUGUAAAUCAACAAACUGCACUGCACCUUGCUGUAGAACGACAGCACACCCAAAUAGUGCGGCUUCUAGUUCGUGCAGGUGCUAAACUGGAUAUUCAGGAUAAAGAUGGGGAUACACCCCUUCAUGAAGCCCUGAGGCAUCAUACUUUGUCACAGCUUCGUCAGCUCCAAGACAUGCAAGAUGUGGGCAAGGUAGAUACUGCUUGGGAGCCAUCGAAGAACACAUUGAUAAUGGGACUGGGUACUCAGGGAGCAGAAAAGAAGAGUGCAGCAUCUAUUGCCUGCUUCCUGGCAGCUAACGGAGCUGACCUUGGUAUUCGUAAUAAGAAGGGUCAGUCGCCCCUUGACUUGUGUCCUGAUCCUAGCCUCUGUAAAGCAUUGGCUAAAUGUCACAAAGAAAAAGUCAGUGGUCAGGUUGGUUCCCGGAGCCCUUCUAUGAUCAGCAAUGAUUCAGAAACCUUAGAAGAAUGCAUGGUAUGUUCUGAUAUGAAGAGAGAUACUCUAUUUGGUCCAUGUGGGCAUAUUGCUACCUGUUCUCUCUGUUCACCAAGAGUCAAGAAAUGCCUUAUCUGCAAAGAACAAGUUCAAUCCAGGACAAAGAUUGAAGAAUGUGUAGUAUGUUCAGACAAAAAAGCAGCUGUGCUCUUUCAGCCGUGUGGACACAUGUGUGCUUGUGAAAAUUGUGCCAGCCUGAUGAAAAAAUGUGUACAGUGUCGGGCAGUGGUAGAGCGAAGAGUGCCUUUCAUUAUGUGUUGUGGUGGGAAAGGUACAGAAGACUCCACAGAUGACAUUGCAAGUGGAAACAUUCCUGUUCUGCAGAAAGACAAGGACAAUACCAAUGUCAACGCUGAUGUACAGAAAUUGCAGCAGCAGUUGCAGGACAUAAAGGAACAGACCAUGUGUCCCGUGUGUUUGGACCGUCUAAAGAAUAUGAUCUUUCUCUGUGGUCACGGAACAUGUCAGCUUUGUGGCGAUCGAAUGAGUGAAUGUCCUAUUUGCCGAAAGGCUAUUGAACGAAGAAUCCUUUUGUAUUAAAAUAUAAAGUGUCUUACAGUAGCUUGUCAUAUUAUUACUACAUUUUGCUCAUUGAAUCUUCAUAAGCUUUAGUGGCAGCUAAAGUUUGUCCUGAAAACAUUUCUAAUGCUAUGGAGUUGUUGCAUUGUAAGUGCUUAGACUGACAAUACAAAUCAGUAUUUGAGUGGUCAACCUCUCCUAUCAAGAAAGCUAAACCAAGUUUAGGUUAAUUAACAAUGCAGUCUUUUUUAUAUCUUUUGCCUUUCUUUGUCUCCCCAACCCCUUUAUGUUAAAGGGACAAUUUCCUGUUGGUAUUUUUAUUUUAUAUGUAUGAACCCUAAUUUCACUGUUGAUUUUUAUACUGUCAGCUGCUUUCAUGUAUAAAUAUUUUUAAUUCUCUAAAUUGUAUUUGUUUUAAAUAUGUUUUCAUAGUAGUGUCAGUAAUAAAUUGCAAAAGCAAGCUAAGCCUCGGAGCUAGGUACAGGAAUUUUUAAAAAUCAGCACAAUAAAUGAAUAGUGUUUCAGUAUUACAAAAUGCCUCUAAAAUCUGAAAGCCUAUAAUUUUGUAUGGUUUUCUUAUUGUCCCACAUUAGUUUAAAGGAGAAUGAGGAUUAUUACAAAAGUUGCUGAUUUUAAAGGGCUGCUUGUAGCCUCCAUAUACAUAGCAGGGGUGCCUUCUAGAAUUGGCCUCCUGAAAAGCCGCCUCCACAAAUGGGGAAAACUCCCAAUGUGAUGGUGCUGAAGAUAGUACAGGCUGUUGCUAGUAAUAAAAGGAAAAUGCACUGCAUAAUAUAGCAAACCCUUCUUUCUGCCUGAGAGGCUUUCAGGAUCUCGGCCAUAAUCCCUUUAACUGAGAGAACAGUUUUUAGAAUGGUGACAGACAUUAUUAUUUGUAUACUUGCAAAGGAAAACCGUUCUAUCUGUAGGCUAGAAUUUAACAUUUUAAGUCUAGUCAUUGGACUUAAAUGCCACCUUGCGAAAAGGGAAUAUACAGCAGAGAGUUUUAAGAUAAAUAGGAACAAUAGCUUCUGUAAUAUGAAUAUUACUCAUUUUGGUGCAGACUUCGCAGUAUGCAUGAACUUUUCUUUUGUGAAACUUCAUUGGGACCAUUCAGUUAAUAACCAAGACAGUGCUUGAUAUGUGUGUGAGAUUUCUAUAAAUUGGGGGGGGGGCUGUUUAGGGAGGACAAGGCAAUGAUGGAUUAAUAUAAAUGCUAUCCAAGGAUAUGGAAAGGCAUCUUGCUCUGAAUGUUCUGCAGUAGGCUAUAGUCUCCCAAAGAUUAAAUCACAUAUUUUAGAUGGUGCAUGAUUGCAGAGAAUAAGUUAAUUUUUGGAUUUAUAAUUAACAGAUACACCAUUUAUUUGUGUUUAACUCCAAUACAGACAAAUUCUUAUAAGCAUGUCGUGAAACAUUAGAUUAGAAAGAAAAUUGCCUUUAACAAUUUGAUUCCUGUUAAAUUUACUCAAAAGGGAAUUACUUGCAGGAAUAUACUAUAUUUGGUAAAUAUAAUAUGUGUCAUAUAAUUUGGGUUGAGAUUUUUAUUUUAUUUUAUGCAGAAGUUUGCAAAUUGCCUGGAACAAAGUUAAUCAUGUCUUAGGAAUGGUUUGUGAUGAAAGAAGGUACAGAAACAUUGCAUACAUAAAAAUAUCCAUGGUAUAUAGGAUUGUGCUGCAAUUCCUAAGCAUAGCCAUCAGGAAGUUCCAUAAAAGCAAACGGGUCUUGGAUCCCUUACAUUUAUCUUUCAAAAAAAAGAUGCAUAUGAUUGUGUAUUAGAACAAAGUAUAAAUUUGUUAAAUAAGUGUGAGCUGCUUGACUUCUUAGACAAGCUUGCUUACAUUUAUAAAAUACUUGUUUCUGUUCUGAUUUAGAAAUUGCUGGCUAUUUAAUUGUAUAGUUGCUGCAGUAUUUCAAAAGUGAAAUAGCUAGUUCCAAGAACAAUUUGGAUAACUAUUUCCACAAACGGUCUUCUGAAACUGUGCAUGCAUAUGCACGGAAAAAAGAUCUUAGAGAGUUUAUUAAUAGUAACAUAAUUAAUAAAAUAAUGUGGCACUUGAGCUAGAUUUUUUUUCAGGAGUUUGCCAUCAAAGAACUUUUCAUUGAUUUUGAACACCCAGUUUAUAUAAGGAACUAAAACAAACGAGGCAUUUUAUGCCGAAAAGUAAAGGAAGAAUGUUGUAUGUCAUAGGUAGGGCAAAUGUCAAUGCUUUGGUGACAAAGGAGUUUCUGGUAUACAAUGGUGUAAUUCUGUGUUCUAUUAUUUUAGCACAGCUGGAAAAGUUGAAUGAUAAAGUUAUUAAAUCAUUUUGUAUCCUCUGUCCCUUUUCUCCGUUCUACAAAACACGUUCAUAGCAUGACUAGUCUUAUAAGCAGGUCAAUUAAGUUAUUCAUUGUCUAAGAGAAUGGACGCGAGGUGCUGCACUGACCUCAAAUCUAGUAGAAGGAAGUAGGGCACUUGUAUUAGCAAAUCUUACUUUUUGUUGCUUUGAUGCUAUUUUAUGUCAUUCUGUUCACAAUGUAGAGAACAAAAUUAUUUUAACGUCCCUUAGCCAACAGAAAACUACAUUUGUUUAAACCUUUCUUAAUUUAUUUAAUAAGUAGUUUGUUAAACCUUUAUAGUAUAGAAGACAGAUGUUGAGACUUGAAUUUAUACUUUUAUUAAACUGUAAAUAUAAACCUGAA